UGUAAACCCAACAUCUCCACACCCUACAGUCUCGGAAGUUUCUCUGCAUUCCUUCAAUACAGGCACACAAACAACUUUCAUAGACAUUAAAAAGGAACUAGGCAGUGCAGCAAGUUUAACUAUGAAGACAGAUGUUGAUGAUUCUGACAGCGGCAUCAGAAGUAAAUCAUCCCAUGAGGAUAGGACCCAAACGGUUAUGAGCGAACCAAGUGCCUCCUCUGUUGGAUCAGGCUGGACAAAAGUAAGCUGCCCCUGCUGUGUGACCGAGAAGGUGGAGCCCUUGGUUUUGGUAAAGCUUGGAGAGAGAGUUCGCCCUGAGACAAAAAGAUGGCUCAUUAGACUGAUAGGAGCUCCUCAGAAAGAUGGGGGUGCUGCAUUGCUAGCUCACCCAGGUGAGGAUGCCAGCGGUGACAUCAUUUUGGUUUCAGCCCCUCAAUGUACAUUGCUAAGAGCUGCUGAGGAGUUGGGUCUCUGUAAGACAUACUCCAACGACAACAUGGAAGCUUUCUCCUACAGGAACAGACACAACUUUAAAAAUUCAGACAACAUGGAGAAGUUCCUGACACUUGCAGAAAGACAGUACAUUGUAAAGUAUGAGCUGGAUGGCCUGUGGGCGCAGCGAGACCUGAGAAUACCUGGCCUACCUGACAGCUUCACACUGCAACAUCGAGAUAAUAUAUGGAGGAAACUUGGGUCAGCAGGUGUUGUUCAAGACAUGUUUCCACUCCACAACCAGGAAAAACUGAAGAAUCUCAGUGAAGCCUGGUACUCCGGAAAUCAGUUGACUCAGCCGCUGGAUAUGAUAAAUGAGUAUUUUGGGAGCUCCAUAUCUUUGUACUUCAGCUUUCUUGAUUGGUACACCUGGUCUCUGCUGCCACCAGCAAUACUUGGUCUGUGCAUUACAUACUUCUCAGGUGAGGUCCAGACUGAGAUGUUGGAGUCAAUAUCAGGUUCAGGGAUCCAAAGUAAAGAAGAAGACUUAGGACCAGCUGUCUCCGGUCACAUGAUCCAGGCUGUAUUCAGCAUGCUGUGGUCUACUGUGGUUAUGGAGUUGUGGAAGCGACGAAGUUCUUCCCUUUCUUACCGCUGGGGGACCUUACACCUAGCAGAACGCUUUGCAGAGCCCCGACCUGGUUUCCAUGGCACACUUGGGGUUAACCCUGUGACAGGCUGUGUGGAGCCGCUCUUUCCUGAUUGGCAAAGGGACUUACGUAUGGCAUUGUUGUCAGUUCCAGUGGUGGGGUUGUUUCUAGGCUUGGUGGUACUGGGUAUGGUUUGUUUCUACUGGGGGGAGGCCAAAAUGCAACAGCUACAUGGAGAAUGGGAUUCCCUGCUGUCGCAGACUUUCCUCUACUUGCCCUCAGUGCUUCACAUCAUCUAUACAAAUGUUCUAGCAACUUUUUACAAGACGGUGGCGCUGUCUUUGACUGAAUAUGAGAACCACAGAGAGCAAUCUGCAUUUGAGAAUCAUCUGACGGCCAAAGUCUUGGUGUUUACCUUCUUCAACUACUUUGCAGUGCUCUUCCACAUUGCAUUCUUUAAGCGGGAUGUGCCAAUGCUUCGUAAGCGUCUAGCAUCUUUACUAAUAGUGACCCAGCUGGUGAAUCAGGUGACAGAGGUGGUCAUACCCUUUCUGGUGGAUAAGUUUAUCAGUGCCAGGACAGAGAAAGAAGAUGAACCGCAAGAGGAUAAAUUUAGAAAGCAAGGCGCCAUGCCUACUUUCCCUGGCCUGUUUGCAGAAUACAUUGAACUCCUGGUGCAGUUUGGGUAUCUCAGUCUCUUCUCCUGCGUUUAUCCUUUGACAGCAGUGCUUCUGCUCAUUAAUAACCUAACAGAGAUCCGAUCAGAUGCCUACAAAAUUUGCAAACUGUUUCGCAAACCCUUCUGCUCCCCUGUAGCCAACAUGGGCGUGUGGCAGACUGCUUUUGAGGUCCUGAGUUUUGUCUCUGUCGUGUCAAACUGCUGGCUCCUGCUGCUGUCACCACAGUUACAAGAGCUGUUUAAUGAGGGUGGAAUAAGGAGCACAAACAUUCUACUUUUGGCUGUUUUGGUAGAGCAUGUGCUGAUCUUGAUUAAGUUGGUCUUGGUAGUUUUUAUCCCUGAUGAACCAGAGUGGAUCCGGAAAAAGAAAGAGCACAUUGAGUACACAUCCAUGCAGGCCUUGAAACAGCAGAAGCUAGUUGCUGAGGAGUCCAGAUAAAUUUCAAAAAAGAAAGUACUGCUUCAUGCACUGCUCUGCGGAUCAACAACAACAACCAGCUACAGCUACAUGUUACUCAGUCUAACCAGAGUUAUGUCUAGGGUCUUCAGCAACUAAAGUUUCCUUGUAUACUUUUAAGCAGCUCUGCUUUCAUUCACUAACACUGAGCUUCUGUGAUGUAAGUAUUUUUAUCCUCCCACAAUAUCAAAUGGAAGGUAUUGUUCAUGUUUAGAGAUGCCCUGUAAAAGGUUAAUGCUGUAAAUAGGGCUAUUUUUUUUUUUACAAACACUUCAGCCAUUCCCUCCAAUAGUGAAAAAAAUCAACACAACUGCUUAUCCACCAAAUCCAAAAUUUCUGCAUAGGCAGUAAAAGUUGUUGUUAGGCCCUUUAAAAUGCCAGGUAACUAGAACAGUGUAGUAAAUAUACAGUUAAUUUGCCAUAUCAUUACUGGGUCCAUAGACAGGUAGAGCUUGUGAUAAUUUAAUGGACAAAUAAAACAGCUUAAAUGAAACUUGCAGUUUGUGUCUUUGCAAAGGUGACAAGAUGAGUGAAAUGAUUAUUGUUAAUUUCCCUUAACAUUCAUUUAUCAAUUUAACCUAUAUCACAUUUACAUGUGAGGAAUUCCUUUGAUAUAUGAAUGUUGUGAAAUAAUGACUAAAUUUUAAUAUUUUCUUUUUUCCUCCUUUUUUUGCACUGGAUGAUGUAAACCUUUUAAAUAAGAACAAUAUUCUUUAUGAAGCUGUUCAUAGCAUGGCAGAAAUUUUUUAAUUAUGUGUGUGCAAAUUUAAAUUUUUUUUUUUUUUUUUAAGGUUUGGGGUUAGCAAGAUGGAAGCAUGAUGUGAAUAUUUAAUAAGGUGUGUGUGUGUGUGUGUGUGUGUGUGUGUGUGUCUGUACAGACUGUCACCUGGUCACUCUGCUGGAUAAACUAUCCUAUUAAUUAAUGCAGGAUGGUUCCAUCUUUUGAAGUAUUAAAUGACAUUUUUUGAAAAAUCACAAGAUCAUGAAAUGUUUUUCUUUAUUUUUCAUCAAGUUUACAACACUAAGGUUGUUGUUGAAAAGAGUGAGUCAUAACAUCAGUGUAAUUUGUAUUUUAUUAUCAACUUUUUUGUGUAUUUAAUUUAUCUAUAUAAUAACAGGCUUUGUGAAUUUUUAACUGCCAUUAAUAAGGUAUUUUGAUAAUAUGAAUAGGAUUGCAUUACAGCUAGGAUUGGUUUAUCCACCCAAAAGACACACACACACCCACACACACCCCCACACAGGCUCAGCCUCUGUCAGAUGUUCAGAGUUUGAAAAGUUAAUUUAUGAGGGAAAAACACUUAUUUCUUAGUUUAAAACGUCUUAAAUUUUGACACUGGAGAUUAAAAAAAUUCAAGUUUCAAAAUGAUUACAUCUAUUACAUCUACAUCAGUGAAAAUUCAAAAACCAAGAAACUAUGCAUUUGGGGAUUUUUACUUUAACAUCUCAAAAAUUGUAAGUUUUGGUUCACAUUUAUUUUUAACUUUUAAAGUAUUUUGGGGGGUCUUCCUCUAAGUUGAAAAUGUUUUAAACUUGAGAUUUUCAUAUUUUGUUCUUGAAAAUAUAAUAACAGAUACUCUUUGUUAUUAGUUUUUUUUUUUCUAGAAUGGCCCAAAUAUACUGCUGCAUUAAUGGUUAGCUAUUAUUAAGUUGGCAUAUUAUGUUGGAUUUGUCAAUUAAAUCAAUUAUAAUUGAUCUGUAAUUUUUCCAAGUGGUUCUUGGGUGGAUGGGGGCUUAGUUUUUUCUUAGAUCUGAAUAGGGGGGCCCUAAUUAAAAAAAAAAAGUUUGGAACCACCGCCGUAAAAGACACAGUGUGAACAAGACCAGCACUGUGCAUGGAAUGGCAUUAAAUAACAUAUUCAAACCAUCAAGACACCAGAGGUCCCUGUCAGCCUUUGUGAACAUUCAGAGAGCAAUGCACCACCUGCAGGGUGAUCGUACUGGCUGCUAAAUAAUACACUUCAGUUAUUAAAUUUUCAUUCAGUUGUUCAUGUGGCAUGAGGAGGCUUUGGACAUGAAAAUUUAAAUAUGUGAAAAUUUUCAACACACAAACAUAAAUUUCAUCAUUGUGAAUGAUGAAAGACAAGCUCAAUGUUAAAAUAGUUGUCUAUGUUGCAAAGUUGCAAAUUUGGGAAUGAGUGGUGUGCAAGACACAAUUUCUCCUUAGAAAUCAGCAAAAGGACAUUAAACAUCAAUAAAAAUGUAAAUAACUAGAUUUUCUUUCCAGAGGUUCAAUCAGUUUGUAAAAGCAAAUGGAUACAACAAGUUCUGUUUUGUUUAUAACAUACACACACACACACACCCCACACACACACCCAAGGACACACGUGCAGGUCAAGCCUAGUUUCCAAUGCAGGAAGCCUGACAUUACACUGACAUGUAAUAUUCAGUUGCAUGUGCCUGUUUAGGCAUGUGACCCUACACUGCAAGUCUUUUAAUGUCAAAUUUUUUUCCUCACAACAUUACAGACCUCCACCCACAUCUGCUUUUUUACUCCUUUUCCUUUUUUCUCUUUUUGCACAAAUUAGUUCAACAAAUCUCUUCAGUUUCAGAAUUAUAAAUGGUCCUUAAUAUGUCCUUCAAAACAAAAGAGAACUUCAUGGCAACAAAUGUGUAACCUGAAUCAACAGGCGUGUGUGCAGUGUGUUGACCUCACUGUAGUGAUGUCUUUGGUAGGCGGGGUUAUUUGUCUCCUCUGAAGAAUUAUUGGUCUUGCUUAGUUAUGUUGCAUGUAUAAGAAGGCAACAACUGUAGUUUGUUAUCUUUGUAGUCUCUUCACUACAGAGCAUCAAAACCUCUUCAUGGCAACUGUUGUUCCAGUAAGUCUGUGUUUUUUGUCUGUUUCUGCAUGUGUUUUGUCAUUAAAUCUGAAAAUGUUGCACUGUUAGAAUAGACAGUUUAUUAGACAAGGGUUUUAGACAAGGGUAGUGUUUGGAAGGUUCAAGGUUGCACUGUAGUGGGCAAUUUGUUUUUCAGUCAGCAGUAUUACAUACAAAAAUCAGGUCAACCAGCUUAAAAACAGUAUAUAGAAGCUCAAUAAGACAAUGAGCAAGACAGUACAGUUUAAAAAUGAAUGUAAAGAAUUAUCACCGUCACAGUUAAUGUUUAUUACACUGCUUGUCUGUCAAUUUUAAACUAGAAUAUAGUAGUAAAUAUACUUAAAAUCUGUUGCUUGUUAACUUACCAGUUUAAGUCAACUUGUGUUCAUCUGUGAGUCAUGGAAUAAAAACAAUCACCAGGAGGAAAAUUCACAUGAUCAAGUGUUAUUCCAGAAAAUUAAUCCAUCAUUUAUGUGCUUUUAUCUGCCUUUUUGAUAGAGAGAAUAGGUAUGUCAGCAGAGGUGGGGGCUUAGCUAUUUAAAUUGAUUUUAUUUGUGUGUGUAUGUAGUUGUACAUGUAUUUGUGGAUA